AUGCCUCCGAAAAAGAUUGAAGUUGUCAAGGACAAUGUCGUGGCGUUUGGCAGGGUCAGCAAGAACCUCAAGAUGGGGUGCGUCGGCCUGCCCAACGUGGGCAAGUCGAGUCUGUUCAACCUCUUGACCGAGCAGAGCGCCGCUGCGGAGAAUUACCCCUUUUGUACGAUUGAGCCCAACGAGGCGAGAUGUGCUGUUCCCGACGCUCGAUAUGACUUUUUGUGUGACCUCUGGAAGCCGCCUUCCAUGUACCCCGCGUAUCUGCAGGUCACCGACAUUGCUGGCUUGAUCAAGGGUGCUUCGACGGGAGCGGGACUUGGAAAUGCUUUCUUGUCUCAUAUCCAGGCUGUUGAUGGCAUGUUCCACAUUGUCAGAGCAUUUGACAACGACGAGGUUUUGCACGUGGAUGACUCGGUUGAUCCCGUCCGUGACUUGGAAACUAUUCAAAAUGAGCUUUGCAAGAAGGAUCUUGACAUUCUGGCCAAGACCAUCGUCGCCGAGGAGCUGAUCGUCAAGAAGGCAGGAGGCAAGUACAAGAUGCUGCCCCUCUUCACAGAGACAACGACAAAGAUCCAAGCUAUGCUGGAGAAGAACACCCCAGUCCGCGACGGAAGCUGGACCCCCGCCGAAAUUGCCCUCAUCAACGAAAAGAUGUCCCUCAUCACCACCAAGCCUGUCAUCUACCUCGUCAACCUGACAAUGAAGGACUACCUCCGCCAAAAGAGCAAGUACCUCCCCUCCAUCGCCAAGUGGGUCACCGAGCACGGCGGCGUCCCGCGCGACAUCAUCCCCUUCUCCGUCGAGUUCGAGGAGAAGCUGCACAGCUUGAAAGACGACCCGGCCGCGCGGGAGGAGUUCCUCAAGGAGAGCAAGGUCAAGUCCAAGUUGGAUAAGAUUGUGACGGAAGGCUUCACGAAGCUUGGAUUGCAGUAUUACUUCACUGCUGCCGGCGCCAUCCACAGCGACUUUGAGAGGGGCUUCAUCAAGGCUGAAGUCGUUGCCUACCAAGACUUCUACGACCUCUGCGAGGGCGGCAAGUCCAUGGGUCCCAUCAAGGCUGCUGGCAAGUACCGUCAGGAAGGAAAGUCAUAUGUUGUUCAAGAUGGUGAUAUUAUUCAUUUCCAAUUCAACGUUGGAAACAAGAAAUAG